AUGAUGCACAUACACAAAUAUCUGGUCAUCUGUUGUGUUAUAUUGAUUGUGAUUCAAAAUACAAAAUGCGAUACGUCUGAUGAACCAGUCGAUGGAAGCAACGAAGGCUCUCAUUUCAAAAAAAUUGACUAUCCCAAUGGUGAUCAUUAUGAAGGUGAAUUCAAAGAUGGACAAGAAAACGGCAAAGGUACCUUCACUUUUGCUGAUGGAACGAAAUAUGUCGGUCCAAUGAAGAAUGGUCUGUUCAAUGGAGAAGGUGUGCUGACAUGGAAAAGUGGCGAUCGAUAUGAAGGUACUUUUCUCGAUGGGCAAAGAACUGGAAGCGGCACAUACUACUUUAAUAAUCAUGGUCAGUAUGUAGGUGAAUUUAAGAAUGGAGAUUUCCAUGGAAAAGGUGUGGAGACAUGGCCGAACGGUGAUCGAUACGAAGGAGUAUUUGUAAAUGGUAAAAAGACUAAAAAUGGUGUCUAUUAUUUUGCUGAUGGAACGAAAUACGUUGGCACAUUCAAUGGUGAUCUGUUCAAUGGAGAAGGUGUGCUGACAUGGAAAGAUGGUGGUCGAUAUGAAGGAAAAUUUGUUAGUGGUGAGAGAACUGGAUCUGGUUUCUAUUCUUCUGGCGAUUCUGAACUAUUCAUUGGCUCUUUUCUUAACGGUCAAUUCAACGGAGAAGGAAUUUAUAGAUAUGCAAAUGGUAACUUACUCAUUGGUACAUGGAAGAAAGGAAAGAAGAACGGUCGAAGUAGAUUAAUUGAUGCUGAUGGCACGGUGAAAAUAAUUAUGUGGAAAGACGACGAAUUAAUUAGUUAA